AUGCGGGGAGGGGGGGCCGAGGCGGGGCUCCUCGGGAAGGAGGGGCUCACCAGUGCGCAACCCUUGCCUGUCCCCUGCCCGUCCCCUGCCCACAGCACCAGCACCAGCACCAGUACCAGUACCAGCACCGGCACCAUGGUGGUACCGCCGCUGCUGCGCGCCGUCAUCAUGGGGCCGCCGGGUUCCGGGAAAGGCACCGUCUCUGCUCGGAUUAUCAAACACUUCGGCAUGAAGCACCUCUCCAGCGGCGACCUGCUGAGGGACAACAUGCAGAGGAAGACAGAAGUUGGAAUCCUUGCCAAGGCCUACAUUGAUCAAGGGCAGCUUAUUCCAGAUGAUAUCAUGACACAACUCAUGCUGAGCGAGCUAAAAGGUCUAGACCGGUACAACUGGCUCCUGGAUGGUUUCCCCAGAACAGUUGCUCAGGCAGAAGCCCUGGAUAAAGAAUGCCAAAUAGACACUGUGAUUGACCUAGAUGUACCAUUUGAGACCAUAAAAUGUCGUUUAACAGCGCGCUGGAUCCACCCUGCUAGUGGCAGAGUCUACAAUCUUGAAUUCAGUCCUCCCAAAGUGCAGGGCAUUGAUGAUAUUACUGGAGAGCCACUUGUUCAGCGUGAUGACGAUAAGCCCGAGACAGUUACCAAGAGGCUGCAGGCUUAUGAGGCGCAGACGAAACCUGUUCUAGAAUAUUACCGGAAAAAAGGGUUAUUGAAAUCCUUCUCUGGAACAGAAACCAAUAAAAUCUGGCCACGGAUCUAUGCUUUCCUCCAAACAAAGCUGCCAGAUGUGAGCCAGAAAGAUGCUGCCACUCCCAGGUGAAAAGAAGUCUAACUUCCCCUUACCUCUCUUAGCUCACUCUUGAUUAUGUGACAGUAAUCAAGGAUUGCUCUAAGUAGUUUUAUCAGACUGAUAAAUAAUUAAAGUCUAAUGUUGUCCUUAAACUUACAUUAUUGUAAAAUGUCUCUUGUUCUCACUUUAAAGCUGUAUUUUUUUAUAUUAAAUAUGCCUAAUUUUUUAAUGUAGUAAGUGACUUCAA